ACCUUGUGUGGGACGCACAUUUCAAAACAAAAACAUAAACAAAACACCCAACUGCAGCAAAACCGUGUAAAUUGUGUGGCUAAUUUUGUGUUGCUUGUAGUGCUUGUUGGAUUAUAACUACCCGCCCUCCACGCCAUGUCCGACACCGACGAACCCGCCUCGAAAUUUAUCGACCAGUACAAAAACUAUGGGCGAACCGAUGCCCUUCUGCAGGAGGAACGCCGACUCCGAUUGCUUGAGAAACAGAAACGAUGCCGCGAAAUCGAGCUGGAUGCCGGGCGUCCCGGGUUACUGGAGGAGCUCGAAACCGAACAGCAUCCGGACGAAUCCAUGGAGUGCCAACAGAGCCAAACAACCAAACGGCCAAAGAAUCGUGUCCGCAUCAUCACCUCCAAACUGUUCACGAACAAAGUGCAACUGUCCGAAUGGAUGCACGAGCGACCGGAUGACCUAGGCAGCUGGCUCGUACGACCGUGCCCCGUAGGCCAACGGUGUUUGCUAGUUUUUCGCCAACGAAUAGCCAUCGCGUUCAACAAACGGGGCCGUUCGAUUGCGGCAGUCCGAACGAAACAGAGGCUCCAUGACGCGAUCGUGCUCGACUGCAUCCUUGCGAACGAUCGCACCUUUUACAUACUUGACGCACUGGUGCUCGCCCAGGUCGAUCUGGUCAACUGCGACUGUCAGUUCCGGUUCGCCUGGAUCGAGUCAAAGUUCUACGAAAACCAUCUCAACUCGCUGCUCGAUACGAAAACGGCCCAAGGGAACGAUGGUUUCCGGCUCAGUUUGCUGCCUGCGUACGACUUAGCGCACCCCGAAUCGAUGCUAGCCUGCUGGUCCCACUAUCCGGCCUUUCCCGAUGGCACACCGAAGCUGGACGGGUAUCUAUUCUACCACAAGCAGUCGCACUACGUGUACGGCAAAACGCCACUCGUAGUGUGGUUGUUUGCGUUUAUGCUUAACGACGUGCUGAAGCUUCCGCCGGGCGUGGUAAAUGAGCAGCAUCUGUCCGACAAACCGGCCCGCUACACCGGCAACUACACGGAGUACAUCACAGAGUUCGAUCGUAUGCAAGCAAAGCGGAGAAGAAAACCGCGCGCCAAGCAAACCACACAGCGCAUGGACACGGCGACGAGUGACACGAUGGACCAGCCACCGGAUGCGGCCCUGUGGGAAGCGAUGGAAGCGGCCCCGCUCGAUUCGGACGAUGAGGAUCUGCGUGCGAAGGAGGUGGAUGCGAUGAGACAGCUUGAAAUGGAGUAGCUUAAUUUUAAUUUUAAGAUGACUUGGAAGCGAAAAGCAACGGCCAAACCUUGUAAAACGAUUGGUUGGAAACGAAACACAUGAAUUAUAUUUAUUUUUUCCUCAAGUCAGUAUUUUCUAUACACUGUCGGACAUUUGGGUGCGUUCUUGCGUCAUGCGUCAACUCUCAGGAGGAACAUCGGGGAUUUUGUUUGAAUUCGUGCGUUUGAAAAACGUUUAAAAAACGAAGGUUCGACAUCUGGCAGUAAGCCGGAAUCAUAUUCAAGUUCAUGCGGAAAAACAAAAGUCCAACUACUGCGACCCUUUUUGGCCUCUUCGAACGAUAGUGCCCUUUAAGCUCGAAGAUGGGCUAUACACCAUUAACACGGCACCUGGGCGUUACCAGCAGGUAGCAGGCCCGAUGCCUAAAAAAUUGUAAGAAAUAAGUUCAAUCUAUCUUCUAGUCCAUAGCUGUCUUCCUUCCCGUGAACACCUUAUUCUCAGUGCUGAAGCACCCCCAUAUAGAGUAAUUACCAUAAGAAGUAUGAUAAAAUCGGGUAAAAUAAAAGAAAAGCUCCACUGAAACGCACCACUGUUGGGGCUUACACUAA